ACACACACACACACACACACACACACACACACAUUCUCGUGCAGAAAGCUGAAUCUCAGUUCAGUCCUCUCUGCUACUCGAGCAAGGAGCCUGCCGGUGAUCACACUGUCGCCUGAAGUGAAGAGGCCGAGCCGGCGUUGAUUCAAUUUUACAGCCCAGUCACUCUCUCUGAAGCUCCGAUUAGUCAGCCGAGGGGGAGAGGAGAAGAAGAAGAAAAGGAAUAGUGAUGGCUAUGACCGACAUUGCGGAGGACAACCUGGAUGAGAUGAUGCGCGAAGAAGCGGAGGAUGUCUUCUAUGAGGACGGAGUGUCAUCCCGUGUCCCGGAGAUCAUGGCGGCCGGCACUCACUCCCCCGGAGGGCCCAACGGCAUAAUCCGGAGUCAGUCUUUUGCCGGCUUCAGCACGCUACAGGAACGACGCUCUCGGUGUAACUCUUUCAUGGGGAACUCAGCGGUGCAGAAGAAGCCUCUGUCCAAGCCAAAGAAGCCCCACCUGUCCGGACACAAAGGAGGCAGCAGCUCCAAAGAGCCACAGCCCAAAAGACUUGAGGAAGUCUACAAUGCACUCAAACAAGGCCUGGAUGAGUAUCUUGAAGUUCAUCAAACAGAGCUGGACAAACUGAUGUCUCUGAUGAAGGACAUGAAGAGGAACUCUCGCCUGGGAGUGCUGUACGAUCUUGACAAGCAAAUCAAAACCAUUGAGCGAUACAUGAGACGUCUGGAGUUUCACAUGAGCAAGGUGGACGAGCUGUACGAGGCCUUUUGCAUCCAGAGCCGUCUGAGGGAAGGUGCUAGCCGUAUGAAGCAAGCCUUCUCCUCCUCUCCCUCCACUAAAGGCACCAAGGAGAGCAUCGCAGAGGUCAACCGUCGCUACAAAGAAUACACUGAGAACAUGAGCACGUUCGAGAGCGAACUGGAGAACCUGCUCGGGGAGUUUCAUAUCAAAAUGAAGGGUUUGGCAGGCUUUGCUAGGCUCUGUCCUGGAGACCAGUAUGAGAUCUACAUGCGGUAUGGUCGCCAGCGGUGGAAGUUGAAGGGAAGGAUUGAAGUGAACUCCAGACAGAGUUGGGAUGGAGACGAGAUGGUCUUCAUGCCUCUCAUCACUGACCUCAUCAACAUCAAGGUGACGGAGCUGAAGGGCCUGGCCAAUCACAUGCUGGUGGGCAGCGUGAUCUGUGAGACGAAGGAGUUGUUUACUGCCAUGCCUCAGGUGGUGGCUGUUGACGUCAACGACCUCGGGACCAUCAAACUCAACCUGGAGGUCACGUGGUACCCCUUUGAUGUUGAGGACCUGACUCUGUCAUCUGGUAACGUGAGUAAAGCUACCGCACUCCAAAGACGAGUGUCGGUCUACAGCCAGGGCACGCCGGAGACCCCAACUUUCCAGGAUUCCUCCUUCUUUAAGUGGCGGCCAUAUCCUGUGGAGCGCCAGCGCCUCUCCUUCCUACACAUGCUCCGAGACACCCUGCUAGAGAAGCUAAGGAGCAGUCGCUCGUUUGGUGACCUGGCCUCACUCCGGCCAAGGCCCAAAUCCAGUCUGGAGGUCUAUUCCACUUUACCAGAUGAUGUCUUUGAGAACGGUGGCUGCGGCGUGGCCGAGUGCAAGCGUCUCUCCUUCACCUUCUCGGACACGUCUGGUUCCACGCCCAGCCCUGCCCCGAGCUCCCACUCCCCCGGCUUGUCCAACCCUGAGAUCACAGUCACCCCUCCAGAAAUUGACCCAUCACCUAUACAAAUCCUCCCAACUAGGGAGGACUCCAUUGCUGAGGAGCAUUUAGUUGAGGAAGAGGAGGAUGAGGAGUACGAAGAGGAUGGGGAGACGGGUAGUAGAGGAAGUAGGGGCACCAGUGCCAGCCUUGCCAGUGAUGAAGCUGAGGUGGCAGAGGACUCGGAGUGGGAGCGUACAGAGUCCCAGCGAAAUUCUAGCUCCAACUGUGGUUCAGCUGCCCCAUCCCUCUGCUCUGACGGCCACCUGUCUACAGUGGCUUCAGAGGAUGUUUUCUUAGACCACGCUGACGAACUGAAACCCGUGGAACUGGACACAGAGGAGGCAGGCAGCCUGACCAGGCAGCUAGUGAAGAGGCUGACUUCUUCGGAAAUUGUGCCGCCAAGUGGGAGCUCCACGGAAGGAGGAGGAAAUCUGAGCUGGGCAGGAGAGGGGAGCAGGGCUUUCCUGGAGAGCAGCUUGGAGGAGGCCAUCCACAGCCUACUGAUGAGGCUGGAGUCUCUGACUCACCGCUGCCGAGAGCUGCAGGACCUGGAGCAGGAAGUGAUGCGUCUGGAGGACCUGCUCAAGUGUCGUCCGGGUCACAGGAGCCGGUCAUCCAGCCUCAGUCUGACAGUGGAGAGUGCUCUUGAGAGUUUCGACUUCCUCAACACCUCUGACUUUGAUGACGAGGAUACCGGAGACGAUAAUGCCAUCCUUAGCAACCCCCCACAGAGGUCUCCACUUUUUGAUACAGACGGAGAAAGGAUCGGUGGACAGCAUCCAGAAGCCAGAGGGCACCUUAGUGAAGCCCUGACGGAGGACACCGGGGUGGGCAACAGCGUGGCAGGAAGCCCCCUGCCACUCACCACUGGAAACGAGAACCUGGACGUGGCGAUCGUCAUCCACCUGCAGUACUGUAAUCACCUCAUACAGCGUCGCAGUCUUCUCCUCAAGCUGUCCGGACAGACUCAGUUGUUAGAGGAGCUAGCAGAGAUCAGUGCGGACAGACUGGGAGCCAUUACAUCUGCUGCUGAUGUUCUCCCGGGCCUCGCAGAGCGCCCACAGCUGAUGACUCUGUGGUCAGAGUGCAGCGGGUCUGCAGGACUUUUCCACACCACACUGGACAGAGUGUUCAAACACAUGAACCAGCGCUACACAGCAGUGCUGCAGGAGAGACACCCACACAGCGCUGACACAGUGAUUGGUGUCGUAGUGGGCGAGAUGGUGGACAGGAGCGAUCUGGUGGCAGCACACAACCCUUCUGCCGCUGAGCUCUCCCAGGACGUCCUGACGGUGUUUCAGUUCCACAGCUACAUCUUACAACAUGAAGUGCAUGAGAUGGAGACGCAUCUGCUGCAUCUGGCCAGAGAAGAGGUGUUUGCAGAGGCUCUGUGCAGUGGGGAUUAUUCUCGGUGUCUAGCAGAACUGAAGGAGGUGCCUGUGUCAUCCCUGUGGCCGAGAAAUGACACCCUGAGGGCCCUGGCCUGCCUGCUCACUGCAGAGGACCCUCAGGUUAACAAGGCGGCAGCUGACUACAUCUCUUCUGCAUCAAACAGCCACUUCAGGACCAGAGCAGUGGAGUGCUACACCCAUGCGCUGUCAGAGGCUGGAGUUCAGAGCCAGAGGGCAGCCUGUUCAGCUCUCAGUUGUCUGCAGGCCGUAGAGAGCAUCAAGGCGGUGGUAGCACUGUGUGAUUCAGCUGAUGAAGAGCUUCGCCAUGUUGCCAUAGAAACCCUGCUCACAUUUGGUGAGGAGGGGCGGCUGGCGUACGAGCAGCUGGACACGGUGCCGGGGGAAAUCUUCCGCCUGGGCACACGGCGAGGAAACGCUGUCACUACUGCCUUCUGAGCCAUCGUGCCACGGAAAACAUCACACACGACAUUUCAGCCUGACCUCCAAGGACAGCACUGCCCUUCCGUCAGCUACACCCCACACUUCACAGGGCUGUUAAUGACUGAUCACUUUAUUAUUCUGCUUUUUGGCACAGACUUAAGGAUCUCCACACUGCCACAUUAAAUCUCUUUUCUUACUGAUACUGCCAUCUAUAAGGAUUUAACACCAAACAAACUGUCUUAGCUACAAAAGACACACAACCUAUACCCCUCCUGCACACACACUUAACACUCCGCUUUCCUCCAUCAUCUCCACGUCCAGACCCCCUACCCCCCCCCUCCCUCUCCCUGCUUUCUGAGCCAGGCAGACCAGUCACUAGAGUUUAACUGGAGAGCACAAAUUUGACUGGACACAAAGCCGCUGCAGCUGCUCUAAAGACUGUGGAAACUAGAAUUUGAGCAUUGCAUCUUCACCCUUCACAUAACCUCUGUUCAGCAAGCCACUGCACACAACACUUGUAUCACUUACUCACAAAUUAAUCAUCUUGAUUGUUACAGUCAGUUGUGUCACGCAAUAGAUUACAUAUGAUCUGUGUAUAAUCACUGUUUAUCGUUAGAAAUGUUUUCUGGCGCUUUUGGAAGAUUUGCACUGUUGUAAGGCAUGUAAAAAUGGCAUAUUUUACACAGCCGGUGUAAUAUAUGUGCUUGUAUUCAAAAUAUAUAUUUUAAGUUCCGUUUUCUAGUACGUUCCAUUUUAAGUUUCAGGGAUUCUUGUACGAUUGGAAGAUGUGUGUUUUGUGGCAGGGAGGACCAUUAAUACGUUGAGAAUGGCUUUCUAAGAGGAAAUGAUGUUGCAGUUUAAAAGCCCUACUUUUACAGCAGUUUACAGUCCUGAACAGAUUUUGACCUUAGCCAUCUAUCAGUGGAGGAAACUGAAGGGCAGAGGUGAAACAGGUCAGCUCAGUGGCCACAUUUCACUCACUGAGCAGUUUAUAUCAGAGGUUUCUCAUUAUUGCAGUUAAACAAGUGCAAUUUUUCUGUACAUACGUUACUCUUUUGCACCUAGCUGACAUUUGAUAAAGUCAGCUUUAACCAUUUGAGCCUUGAUGUGGUCGAUUAGGCAGGUUUCCACUGUACACAAUACACUCUUGUUAUGUAUUUUUCCUACCAAAUACAGAGCAAGUCUAGGGCAAUACAUUGGUUUAGGAUCGUGAUUGUGCACUUUCCUACAACUGUACAGAGACGAGGAUCCUUUGGGUGGAGUAAAGGCCUUUGUUUUUGUUGUUUUCUUACUGCACAUUCAUACAGUAUGUGAGCUAAUGGCAGAAUUAGAAAUGUAUGAGAAGCUGCAGAAUGAAGUGUUCAGUUGUGGGUCGGUUUUAUUUCCCUCCAUCCUAACUGUAAUGUGGAAAAACUGACCCAAGGUGAGCACCUAAUUCCCUUUUCUCAGUGUAACUGUACUACUGAGUCUUGUGCUAGUGCACAAUGACAAACCUCACACACCUUAUUUAUUAUUAACUUGUAAUUCUAAUAUUCUUUGGAGUUAUACUGUAAUUUGCAGAUGACAGUUUAAUGUAAAUGAAAUGUAUAUUUAUGUUAUAUUUUGGAUCAGGUCUAGUAUUUUAAAUAUUGUUUAUCAUUUAAAAAGGCUUCCAUGUUAUCAUGCAAAUUAUCUAAUGCUUAACUUUAAUUGGAUUUUAUUUUGAAGGAAUUAUAUUAGUUGAAUUAUUUUGGAGAAGUAUAAGAUUUGCUAAAAGUUUAAUCAUAUUAUAGAUUUCUUUUCCCUAAAAAGGUCCUGAACAUAAAAGGGACAUAUAUUAAAAUGUUACUUUAAUACUUAGAUUUACUGUAACCAAAGGAAGAAUUCAUUUUUAAAUUUUAAUAAAAGAUCAUAAUUCAUAAAGAAUGUAUUUUCAAUACAACAUUUGCAUUUUGGCCAGAAUACUCAGACUUAUCUUUAUAAGCACAACUUAAAAGAGACAAACCCAUAAUAUAUGAAUCUUAUUUGGUUCUAACUGCACAGUCCAAAAGCCAUAUUGAUUAAAAGCAAGUGGUAAUAUUUUUUAUGAAAUGUAUUUUUUCUUUUGUAUUAUAAUCUGUAAAUGUGUGAAGUUGUUACUAAAAGCUGAACAUGGUGUUACAUUUUUUUUUUCUUCUUCUAUACAGCCUUUUGCAAAACUAAACAGUUACUUUUCUUCUAUGAUGUGAAUAGCAUUACAGUAUUUUGGUAUCUAAUUCAUCCACUUUUUUUUUUUUUGAGUGAGCUACUGUACUUUUUUUUAGAAACUUGCAGUUUACCAAUGUAGUCUAGUUGAUUCAUUGGCUGUUCAAUUAUUAAUCACCACAAAGUACAAGUUGUCAAAAUGUGCACAUUUAAUUAUUUAGAGACUGGUUUUAGGAAUAACUUUGCUGAAAUUGAUCAUUUUCCAUCUCUGUGGUCCAUAGCUUCCGUACUGAUCCAUUUAGUUGCAUACUACACUUCUCCAUUGUGGUUAGGGGUAUGUCCUCUGCUCAUCAAAAGUUGCAAUAAAGUUUAUUUUUGCAUAGUUAAAA